GUUUUUUUUUUUGCUACAAGAAGAAGCUUGCGGCACAAAAACACAAACACAAUCAUUGUCCCAGCUUCUUUCUCUCCCAAAAAAUCCAAUAUUUUUUUCCUUCUUCAUCACCAUCCUCUGUUUCUUCGUUCUUUUAAAACAAAGCAGAGAGAUUUUAGAGAUCUUCAUCAAGAAAAUGGGAAAGAAAGACGAGAAAGUCGAAGCUGUUCUUCGUUUGGUCAAGAAACAAUCUCCACUCACUUUUAAACAAGAGAAGUUCUGUAACAGAGAGUGUGUUGAGAGAUUCUUGAAGGUUAAAGGAGAUAAUGUGAAAAAAGCUGCGAAACAACUCAUUUCAUGUCUUUCUUGGAGACAAAGCUUCGAUAUUGAGCGAUUAGGAGCAGAGGAGUUCUCGACGGAGCUUAGCGACGGUGUAGCUUACAUCUCCGGUCACGACGGAGAAUCAAGACCUGUUAUUAUUUUCCGUUUUAAGCAUGAUUAUCAGAAGCUGCGUACCCAAAAACAAUUUACGCGUUUGGUGGCGUUCACGAUUGAGACUGCGAUUUCGAGCAUGUCCAGAAACGCGGAACAGAGCUUUGUUCUUCUCUUCGAUGCAAGCUUUUUCAGAUCAUCCUCUGCAUUUGUGAAUUUGCUUUUGGCGACCCUAAAAAUCAUCGCAGAUAAUUACCCAUGCCGACUUGACAAAGCCUUUAUCAUCGACCCUCCCUCUUAUUUCUCUUACCUUUGGAAGGGUGUUCGUCCUUUUGUGGAGCUCUCAACGGUCACGAUGAUAGUGUCGUCUCUAGACUACGACGAAAGGCUAGAUAUCAGCCACGUGUCGUCAAAUCCUCGAUCAGCAUCUUUAAGAUUAGACGCAUCGUCGAUUAAAUCAACGGCCACGAUUGGUUCAGCUUCUUCAAGAUUCGCUUUCACCGUCUCUCAAAACUCCUUGAAGCCGUGGUAUCUUUCCUUCACCGACACGUCCCCUUAUAACCCCGCCGUCUCCUCAUCCACCGCCGCUCAAGUUUCUCCUCUCAGCGCACGGUCGCUAUAUUUCGCGUCUCCGGCGGCGCGUGGUUUCAAAGAAGCGAAACCAGCUGCAUGCAGAAAGAGUUUGUUUCCAUCUACGCCGUUGCCGGAGAAGACAAAGACGGUUUCGUACCGGAAAACUCCACGUCCUUCGUUCUUUCAGUCGCCGGCGAUGCUCUUUCGCAGGGAGAAUAAUGUCGGUGGAGGAGGCGAGAAGUCGUUUGUACCGUAUCUGAAGUUUUACCGGAGACCGUACGAUGAGACUGCGUAUAGGUCUAAGCUGCGUGGUCCACGUGGAUUUGUGUCAGUCGUGUCUUCACACAGGAGAUCUCGCCACGUGUCUUUAUCUCAACGGUUCUGAUUUAAAAGACGAGAUUUGGGGAACGAGUAUAUAAUUAGAAGAUAAUCAAUCAAUCACAUUGAUCUGUUCCAAAUA